AGUCGGAAUAAAAUUCGUUUGAAGGAUGAAGCCGUAAAACUGGCCAAUUAUUUGGUUAGUCGUCGUGGCGUACAAAUGGAUCGUAGUGCAUACAUGCUAGUGAAAGCACUUCAAAAAUUGUCGCAUAACAAUUUCCAAAUACCGGUGGUGUUCUCGCUUGCUUCGAAUAUGGCUGUCACCGAACCAUCGCAGCCGAUCCAGAUCCGCGUUUCGAAUGUAUUGGGUGAGAGUGUAGGUGACUUGUCAGUGAAUAUCGACACGGUCAUGCAUGUCAGCUCGAAAGAAGUUGUCGCCAGUCGUGUACCACUAAAAAGAGUUGCAUCUGAUACCAAACGUAUUCUUUACGAGGCAACCCUUGAUCGAGCAACCAACCGUGGAUUUUACACUAUUGCACUUACUGCUGGAAGUCAUUAA